AAGGUCACCUGUUAAGAAAAGAGAUACAAAUACUCUUACAAGUGUGCUAAGUGGGGAGCAAUGUCACAAGUUGAAACCUCUUAUUCCUAUGAUGCCCCCAUGGACUUCAUCAAUUUUACAUCUUUGGGUGAUGAGGAAGAUACUGAAAACAUAGAUUCAUGGUUUGAGGAGAAGGCCAAUUUGGAGAAUAAGUUUCUUGGGAAGAAUGGGACAGCAGGGCUUUUUCAGGGCAAAACUCCUUUGAGAAAGGCUAAUCUUCAGCAAGCUAUUAUCACACCUUUGAGACCAGGUAAGAAAACACCUUAGAAAAAAGCUCCUUGGCAGAAUGUUGUCCAGCAGCUGAUUUCUGCUCAGAAUGUUUGCAUAUCUGUAGUUGAUAUAUUCAUUAUGGAUACAUUUUUUCAAUUCUUCUAUCAUAGAAGAUCUGUUAGACUCUCUGUUCAGAAGGAUUUGGAACAGAAAGAAAAAGACCAUGUAAAAAUGAAAGCCAAGAGAUGUGCCACUCCUGUAGUCAUCAAUGAAAUUCCACCCCUUAAAAAAAUGAAAGUUUCUAACAAGAAAAAGAAGCCAGAGGAAGAAGGCAGUGCUCAUGAAGAUACUUCUGAAAAGAAUGAAUCUUCCCCAGAGAAAGCCAAGGACAGCCAUACUGUGCCUCGUAUACUACCUGUAAGGCGAAAGGUUCUAAAAAGUACUGAGGAGCAAGAGUUGGAGAAGAGAAUGAAAAUGCAGCAGGAGGUGGUGGAGAUGCGGAAAAAGAAUGAAGAAUUCAAGAAACUUGCUCUUGCAGGAGCAGGGCAACCUGUGAAGAAAUUAGUGAGCCAGGUAACCAAAUCAGUUGACUUCCACUUUCGCACAGAUGAGCGCAUUAAACAACAUCCUAAGAACCAAGAGGAGUAUAAGGAAGUGAACUUUACAUCUGAACUUCGAAAGCAUCCUUCAUCUCCCGCCCGAGUGACUAAGGGAUGUACCAUUAUUAAGCCUUUCAACUUGUCCCAAGGAAAGAAAAGAACAUUUGAUGAAACAGCUUCUACAUAUGUGCCCCUUGCACAGCAGGUUGAAGCCUUCCAUAAACGAACCCCUAACAGAUACCAUUUGAGGAGCAAGAAGGAUGAUAUUGGUCUGUUACCCUCCAAAUCUGUGCCAAAGAUCUCCAGAGACCCACAGACUCCUGUAUUGCAAACCAAACAGCGUGCAAGGCCUGUGACCUACAAAAGUGCAGCAGAGCAGGAGGCUGAGGAGCUUGAGAAACUGCAACAAUACAAAUUCAAAGCACGGGAACUUGAUCCCAGAAUUCUUGAAGGUGGGCCCAUCUUGCCCAAGAAACCACCUGUGAAACCACCCACUCAGCCUAUUGGCUUUGAUUUGGAAAUUGAGAAAAGAAUCCAGGAUCGAGAGUCAAAGAAGAAAUCAGAUGAUGAACACUUUGAAUUUCAUUCCAGACCUUGCCCUACUAAGAUCUUGGAAGAUGUUGUGGGUGUUCCUGAAAAGAAGGUCCUUCCAAUCACUGUCCCCAAAUCACCAGCCUUCGCAUUGAAGAAUAGAAUCCGAAUACCCACAAAAGGAGAUGAGGAAGAGGAUGAACCGGUAGUGAUAAGAGCUCAACCUGUACCACAUUAUGGGGUGCCUUUUAAGCCCCAAAACAUAGAGGCAAGAACUGUGAUGUGCCCUUUCUCCUUUGAUUCUCGAGACAAAGAACGUCAGUUACAGAAGGAGAAGAAAAUAAAAGAACUGCAGAAAGGGGAGGUGCCCAAGUUCAAGGCACUUCCCUUGCCUUAUUUUGAUACCGUUAACCUGCCAGAGAAGAAGGUAAAGAAUGUGACCCAGAGUGAGCCUUUCUGCUUGGAGACUGACAAAAGAGGUGCUGUGAAGGCACAGAUUUGGAAGCACCAGCUAGAGGAAGAACUGAAACAGCAGAAAGAAGCAGCUUGCUUCAAGGCUCGUCCAAACACCGUCAUCGCCCAGGAGCCCUUUGUUCCCAAGAAAGAGAAAAAAUCAGUUACAGAGGGCCUUUCUGGUUCUCUAGUUCAGGAACCUUUUCAGCUGGCUACUGAGAAAAGAGCUAAGGAGCGGCAGGAGCUGGAGAAAAGAAUGGCUGAGGUUGAAGCCCAGAAAGCCCAGCAGUUGGAGGAGGCCAGGCAGCAGGAGGAAGAGCAGAAGAAGGAGGAGCUAGCCAGGCUACGGAAAGAACUGGUGCAUAAGGCAAAUCCAAUACGAAAGUACCAGGGUGUGGAGGUAAAGUCAAGUGACCAGCCUCUGACUGUGCCUGUAUCUCCCAAGUUCUCCACUCGAUUCCACUGCUAAACUCAGUUGUGAGCUGCAGACAGCACCUGGCAACAGGACUUGCUUUUACAUCAAACCAGGAGCCGUCUUUGUCACCGGGCAUGGAGAGAACCCAUUUCUCCCGACUUUCACCUACCCGUGCCCAAGAGAGCAUACUUGAGAACCAUGGACUCCAAUGUUAUUGCGAAUUAUUUUCUUACAUCAUUGAGGCUAAUCAUGAGACUCAUGUAUGUCUCGAUUAGACUCCACGUAGUUAUUUCCUUUUAGGCUAUCAGUUGGCAUUUAAUAUGGGUCUUAACUCUGACUAGAAUUUAAAGUCUCAAUAUCAACACAGUGUAAUCUCUCCUCUUGCCCCCCUCCCUUUUGUAAAAUUUUAAUUAGAAAAUAAAGAUUGUUAAAUCCU